AUGACAAGCACCUUUCCAGGCUGGGUGGCGGGGCAUGGUUUGCAGGGGGGAAGCAGAGACGACCAGCAUCCGAACCCUCGCAGGGAGGCUGCAGUGUGCUGUUCUCUCCCCCCACCACAGUACGCUGCGGAGCUGCUGGCAGUGGUGCGCCUCCCCUUCAUCCAUCCCAGCUAUCUGCUGAACGUUGUUGACAACGAGGAGUUGAUAAAGUCUUCGGAGGCCUGCCGGGAUCUGGUGAACGAAGCCAAACGUUAUCACAUGCUGCCACACGCCCGGCAGGAGAUGCAGACACCGAGGACCCGGCCCAGGCUCUCUGCAGGUGUAGCCGAGGUAAUAGUCUUAGUUGGGGGUCGUCAGAUGAUUGGCAUGAAUCAACGUGCUUUAACAGCAGUCACUUGCUUAAAUCCUCAAAACAACAAGUGGUACCCACUGGCCAGCCUGCCCUUCUACGACCGAGAGUUUUUCAGCGUGGUCAGCGCUGGGGACAACAUCUAUCUCUCAGGCGGCAUGGAGUCGGGGGUGACGCUGGCAGACGUCUGGUGCUACAUGUCCCUGCUGGACAACUGGAACCUCGUGUCCCGCAUGACGGUGCCCAGGUGUCGGCAUAACAGCCUGGUGUACGAUGGGAAGAUCUACACCAUUGGAGGGGUCGGCGUGGCAGGCAACGUUGACCAUGUGGAAAGGUACGACACCAUAACCAACCAGUGGGAGACCAUUGCUCCUCUGCCAAAGGCUGUCCACUCGGCCGCGGCCACCGUUUGCGGCGGGAAGAUCUACGUCUUCGGCGGGGUGAACGAGGCCGGCCGAGCCGCGGGGGUCCUGCAGUCCUACAUCCCCCAGACCAACUCGUGGAGCUUUAUAGAGUCUCCCAUGAUUGAUAACAAAUACGCUCCUGCAGUCACUCUCAAUGGGUUCAUCUUUAUUCUUGGAGGAGCUUAUGCACGAGCAACCACCAUCUAUGACCCAGAGAAAGGCAAUAUUAAAGCAGGUCCCAACAUGAACCACUCCAGGCAGUUCUGCAG